AUUAGUUCUUUAAGCGACGCAACAGCAAUGGAAGAAAGUAACGUUGGUGUAGCAGACCUUAAACCCUCCUAAAAAUCCUCAAUUUUCCGGUGUCAAAGAAAUGGGGUCAAUAGUAACAGAAACCGUUCCAAAGUUCACAGCGGAAGCACUCAAAUCAGCAGCUAAACAAUCUGAACGAUGCCGUAUUGUUCCUAUCCGUCUUCGUAGAGCUAUCAAAAAAUAUCUCAAAGAGCAAGAGGAGCCACAUAUGAAGAGAAAAGUGUUGAGGUUAUCACAAUCAUUCAGCCAAAUAAAGGAAGUGAAUUUGAUGCUUCCAACCUCCACAUCCAAGGAGCUUUUUGAAGAUCCUCUCAAGUCUAUUGAUUGUUCGCAGCGGUGGAAAAUCAAAAGCAACUAUGGUGACAUUGGCCUCAAGUAUUGGGAAGAUGAAACACUUGCCUAUUUGGCGUCCCGUAUGCCUGCUGUUUACUCUGCUCUUUAUAGAGUCCUUAGUGAGGUACGCAGAAGAUUGCCUGGUUUUGCACCUGCCAAGGUGUUGGAUUUUGGGGCUGGGACUGGUUCUGCCUUUUGGGCAGUUAGAGAAGUGUGGCCGCGGUCAUUGAAUAGAAUUAAUUUGGUAGAGCCAUCACAGUCCAUGCAGCGUGCUGGACAGAACCUUAUAAAAGGUCUUAAAAAUUUGCCACUCAUUCAAAGUUAUGGAAGCAUUCAAGCACUCUCUAAGGAUGUCAAAAAGAGUGACAGACAACAUGAUCUUGUGAUUGCUUCAUAUGUACUUGGAGAAAUUCCAUCUCUUAAGGACAGAAUCACGGUUGUACGCCAGCUUUGGGAACUGACAGGAGAUGUUCUGGUCUUGGUAGAACCAGGAACACCACAAGGAUCUAAUAUUAUAUCUCAAAUGCGAUCUCACAUUUUAUGGAUGGAGAAAAGGAGAAGUCGCAAACUAGAAGAUGUAUCUGGCAAAGAAUCUACAGCAUUGACGACACUAAAGAAUGGGGCAUAUAUAGUUGCUCCGUGUCCACAUGACGGACGUUGUCCUCUGGAUAACACUGGAAAAUAUUGUCAUUUUGUUCAACGCUUGCAAAGAACAACAUCUCAACGUGCCUACAAGCGGUCGAAAGGCGAGCCUCUACGUGGCUUUGAAGAUGAAAAGUUUAGCUUUAUCGCUUUUAGACGAGGAGAACGGCCAAGGCAACCUUGGCCACUGGAUGGUAUGAAGUUUGAGACAUUGAAGGAGCAGCAUGCCAGAAGAAAUCCAGAGGAUUUAGAGAUUGACUAUGAGGACCAAUUCAUUUCAGAAGAUGAGGAUGUUCAAGAAGAAGACCCCAUAUCCUAUGAUUCUGAUGCUACGGAAACAGAUGCCAUUACUGACAAUGAUGAAUGGGAGGAAGAAGGUGAAGAAAUGGCCCACGCCGAUCUUGGUGGUGGUUGGGGAAGAAUCAUAUACAGUCCUUUAAGAAGGGGAAAGCGGAUUGAAAUGGACGUUUGUCGAUCAAUGAACAGAGAAGGCACUGAAGGUUCGUUUGACCGGUUUGUUAUUACAAAGAGCAAAAACCCAACAUUGCAUCAUCAAGCACGACGAUCCCUUUGGGGCGACCUAUGGCCCUUCUAAAUUUUGUUUGAAAAAGGGCGCUCAACGAUUUUGAUCUAUCAUUAACAGCACAUCGUGUGUGAUGUAUGAGUUAAGCAUUACACAAGUUCAAAUCCUGCAACAGAGAAAGGCAUGAUAUUCAAGUGGAGAAGGGUUGGAUUGAACUGCGCGUCACUAGUCCUCGGAGAUUUCUUGGUUAUCAAAAAAAAAUACUUUUGUUAGGAAAAUCUUAAAAAGUAAUCUAACUUUCAUGUGUCCGUCAGGUACUGUAAUAAAUGUAUUUUCCAUUCUAUAAAGAAGGGAAGUGAAGUCAGAUGGUUAUUCUGGUAAUGCAGAGGAUAAGAUUGGGCCAAAUGGCUCAAGAAACAAGAAGGGUCAUUUGUGAAACUGAAGUACAGUUACUGUGUACAUGUGAAUUACGUGUUCCUUUUUGUACUGAAUAAGGAAAACUAUGUCAAUGUAAAAAACAGAGAGAAUAGUACGUGAUAUAUCACGUGCUGAGUCCCACAUCGGAGAUUGUGUCAACGCUUUGUUGUAUUGAUUUGUGAUCUGUAAUUUUUUUAUGCUCAUG